AACCUUAUUUGUUUACAUAACCUCUUCCUAAAAUUCUGAAGUAAGCAAAACAAAUCAAUUGAGCCAUUUAACGUGGUAUGACGAUAUUUCCGCUUUUGUAUCAGCACUUCUAAAACACAAACAAUUGCCUUGUAAACGCCUUCGUUUCGUGUAAAGGUAGGAGGAUUCGAUAAUGAACUUCACCAUGGAUACAAACGUUCCCAUGUCAAACGCCGAAGCGGAUACUUUAAAGCUUGUGAAUGAUCCGUCUUUCUUAUUAUUUAGCGAUCAAAGUCAACCGGAUAAGAUGCCAAAUAUGAAUUAUUUGAACCCACAAGCAGAAAGUUUAGAAUGGGGAUCUUUUGAUAAAGUUGAACCCUCCCAGUCGCUUGGAUUUUCGCCUUCUCCUGCCUACCCGCUAGAUAUGAAGGAUGAAAAGCAAAACCUUGAUCUUCCCAUUCUAAAGCCAGAUUUCGAUAUUGAAUCGUCCCCUGCGUCACAAUUUAUGAUGUCGCAGGACGGGCACUAUUCCGAGUCCGUAAAUGAUGGAAUGACACCAAGGAAGUCCAUGUCGAGAAAGGAGUAUCUCAGGCAACGGAACCGUGAGGCCGCUUACAAAUGCAGACAACGGAAAAAACAAUGGAUUUCUGAGUUGCAAGCAAAGGUUGAAUACUUCAAUAUUGAGAACAAAUCUCUUUUGGCUCAGGCAAACAUGCUACGUGAAGAAAUUGUAAACCUUAAGAUGUUGCUUGUCGCACACAAAGAUUGUCCGUUGUCCAUGAAAACACUCGAGUCUUCAAAAAUAUUUGAUCAUUGAAGCUGAAGGUUUCCUCUUUUGUAUUUUAAUUCCGUUUCCUUCCUCUUAUUCACUGCCGGAAGACUUUGUACUUUUCAGAGUUUUCGCAAGGACGUAUGCACACAAAUGCAUACUGUCUUUCGGAAUCCAUUUAAUUUCUUUCGACGAAUGAACCCCUUCAUCGCUUAGGUUGUAAUGAUUCCAACCUUCGAGCAACACGAUCGGCUCAAGCGUAUUCUGGGAUUUGUCAGCUUCUUAUUGUUUUCGGCACACUCACCUCGCUCAAGUUUUCAUUUAAUAAUCGCGCGGGUCUCCAUUCCUUUUUAUAUUCAUCUUCUUUGUUUUCCAAAACAUUAUUAUUCGUCGAAUCAUUCAUGUCUUCGUUUUUGCAGUGAUUAAUUCGCUUCGAGUUAUUUUCAGUAAGCACUGAUGCGGUUUUGGUAAUCAAUUCGUGCAUUAGACAGGUUUUAGGUUUGUGGUACGAAAACAAGUUUUUCAUAUCUUUCAUUUGAAAUUUGUAUUUUAGUGUACUUGUGUCGGAAUCCUGUGACGCAUUGAUUAGUUUGUGAAUGUAUAGUUUUUGUUCGAUAUUUUGGUAUCAUACCAUGAAUGCAUUGGACAGUCCUG